GAAAAAAUAAUAGAAUUUGUACAUAUAUAUACAUACAUACGUAUAUGUACAUAACAAAAUAUCUUUUUUUCCUUAAAUAGAUAAAAAGUGAAGGAAGGAUAGCGAUCUGACAAUAGUAUUACUCUUUACAUUUUGUUCAACUGUUGAAAUGCCCCUCAAAAGGCCACGUUCACUAAAACAGCUGCAGGUUACACGAGAGAAUAAGUCUGUAUCGAUUACUGACACAAUGACUUUAGUAAUUAAGGGCGAAGGUGGGGUCGAGAUGAGAGUAAAACAAACAGGAAUUGCUCAAUGUGCACCCUCAACAACAACCCCGGAUCAACCGAAGUCGGAUGCUGUGAUGAAUAAAUUGAAAUUCGAGGACCUACAAAUAGGUAAUGAAUUGGGAAGAGGGUCCCAAGGAAAGGUUCGCAUUGUCCGGCACAAGCUUAAUAAUGAAAAGUAUGCCCUGAAAUAUAUCGCCUUCGAGAGUGACUCAGAUUAUACACGUUUAGCCCUUGAAUCUGAGCUACGACAAGUGGCUGCAGUUAAACAUAAAAAUAUUGUUUCUUCUUAUGAAGCUUUUUUUCGUGACGGGAGACUCUAUAUUGUUUUGGAGUAUAUGGAUGUAGGAACAAUCAAUGAUAUUAUUAAAAUGCAUCCCGAGGGUGUGAGUGAAGAAAUGCUUGCGUACAUUGCGCGUGAAUUAUUCCAGGGGUUGGAGUAUCUCCACAGUCUCAAAAUAGUUCAUCGUGAUAUCAAGCCUGCUAACGUUCUUGUAAAUAGUAAAGGUGAAGUCAAGAUAUCAGACUUUGGUGUGGCUAAAACGUUUUCCGGGGCCGACCUACAAACGUUGUCUUCUCAAGGGUCUAUUCCAUAUAUGAGCCCAGAACGAAUAAAAUCUCAGCCUUAUUCGUUCGAUAGUGACAUUUGGAGCGCUGGCUUGACUAUUGCUGAAUGCGCACUGGGCCAGUACCCAUUCAUUUCACUUAAAUCAAAGAUGUUUGAAUUGUGCCAAGCGAUUGCUUUAGAAACGGCUCGUAUUGACUGGAAUUCAUGUAAGAGGGAUUUUAGUAGUGAGUUUGUUAACCUUGUUGAGUUAUGUUUAGCGCCAGCAAAACAGCGGCCAACGGCAUCAGAGCUGUUACAACACGCAUUCAUUCAAAAGGCUUUUCACAUUCAACCUGCUGAGGCAGGGAAGUGGUUUAAAGGUACGGACAUUUCUUGAUCAUUUAGUAAUAUGGAAUCAGAAAAACAAACAAGCUGCUUUGUCGAUGAAAGGAAAGUAAAAUAAUCGAAAAGCUUAAGCCCAAGGAGUAUAUUUAUCGGUUAUCAUGA